GAUGAGCCACAAACCCACGACCCGGCACAAACUCCCGUUCCGCUGCCCCUUUUUGCAGGCGUGGUGCCCUCCAAGGCCAGCUUCACCAUGCACAGCAUCCUCAUCAACCACUUCCUCCACGGCGCGUGGUACCCCAAAGGCGGCGCCGGGGAAAUCGCCUUCCACACCAUUCCUGUUAUCCGCAAAGCCGGAGGCAACGUUUUCGGAAGGGCACCGGUGCAGAGGAUCCUGCUGGACUCCCAGGGCAAAGCCUGCGGCGUGAGCGUCAAGAAAGGCCAGGACUUGCCGCUGUCCCACCGCUUGAGCACGGACGGGAUGUUUCCAGACAAAAAUCAGUUUUACAAGCCAACAUGGAGCAACGUAGAUAUGAAGAUCCAGUCUCAGCUCCGCAUGAUGACACACGGCGAAGGGGCUUUCACCGUCUUCGUAGGUCUUAGAGGCUCGAGGGAAGAGCUGGGGCUGGAGCCCACCAACUACUUCAUGUACUCAGGAAACGACCUGGAUGAAAUAGUGAGUCGCUACCUGGCUUCUUCCAGAGAAGAAGCUGCCAAGAACAUCCCUCUCCUGUUUGUCACCUGCCCGUCGGCCAAGGACCCCACCUGGGAAACGAGGCACCCAGGUAUAUCCACGGUGACCGUCGUGACCCUUGCCAAAUACGAGUGGUUUGAGGAGUGGAAGGACAAGCAGGCCACUAAGCGGGGAGACGAUUACGAGGAGCUGAAGCAGACCUUUGUGGACACCAUCAUGCAGGCUGUCUUCAAGCUCUACCCUCGCAUCGAGGACAGGAUCGAGUUCAUCUCCGGGGGGACGCCCCUCACCAACCAGCACUACAUCGCCAGCCCCAGGGGCGAGAUCUACGGCGCCAACCAGGACAUCGGCCGCCUGCGAGCCGAAACCAUUGCCGGCGUGAGGGCACAGACAGCCGUCCCCAACCUCUACCUGACAGGGCAGGAUUUGUGCCUGGCAGGCUUCAUGGGAGCCUUCCAAGGAGCCUUCAUCUGCGCCAGCGCCGUCCUCAAGCGCAACCUCUACAUCGACGUGGCGCGGCUGAAAAAGCGCACGGAGGCCACCAACGCCAAGAAGAGGGACUAA